AUGCCUAAUGUACUGAAGACUUACAAAAAAAUAACUGGUGUGUGGUGUGCCAUAUACCAGUGGUACCAGUUUUACCCAUCACAAGCACUAUGGUUUGUCUGUCAGGCCAGUUUUAACCAUUACAGGGCAAACAAAGAUGAAAUAAGAGAUGGCAUCUCACGCGAUGAUGAAGAAGGAGAAGAAACUGAAACUGAGAUUGAGCCAGAAUCUGUACCUGAUUUUGAGGGUGAUGAAGAAGAGAAUAAAGAUUAUGAGGAAGAAACUAGUGAACAGCAAGAUAUAUUUUGUGAAGAUGACCUCAACAAUAACAAGAUUGAAUGUAAAAUUGGUGUGCAAGAGUGGCCAGAUGGUUCCAGCUAUAGAGGAGAAUUUGCAUUUGAUAUAAAACUUGGAUAUGGAGAAUUUGCGUGGGACAAUGGUGAGAGAUAUGUGGGGCAGUUUUAUAAAGACCACCGUCAUGGAAAAGGGGUUUACUUUUGGCCUGAUAGCUCUAAAUUUAUAGGGUCAUUUUAUCUUAGCCGUAAGGAAGGCUAUGGUAUCAUGGAAUUUAAGAGUGGAAGAAAGUACCAGGGGCUUUACAAGAGUGAUGAGCGAUUUGGACCAGGAAUUGAAACCCAUCCAGAUGAUAGUCAAGACGUUGGAUUGUGGCAUCGAAAUCAUAUAAUUAAACUAUGUACAGAAAUACCUGGAUAUUUUACUCUUUCAGAUUUCCCAGAACUCGGUGUCUAUUUUGAUGCUGAGACCAGCAGAGAGUAUAUUUCAGAGGAGAGCACUAACUUUUUGGAUCUGAAUGAGAAGGACCCAUUUUUCUACAAUUACAAGCGUCUUCUUUUAAAUGAUGACAGCUACACAUUGCCUGAAAACAUGUACAUAUACUCAAUAGAUGCAGAUCAUCUUCCUCUUACUCGCUCCUUCCUACAAGAAUUUGAUUUCCAGUAUUUUAAGAAAAGGAAACGGUUGGUUUAUGAAAAACUGUGGCCUGUAACCAAUAUAACCCCUUUCUUGGUCAAGAUGCAGAAACAUGUCUAUAAAUACAGGCAUUGUCAGAAAGACUUGGACUGGGGUGUUAAUUUCAUUUUGGAAGGCUACCGGAAUGGCUUUGGAGCCAAAGGUCCCAAAGAACUUGCUGCUGAAGAGUUGAUUAAGAAGUCAGCAGAAGGAAACUAUAACAGAGUUGAUGAGAUUCUGAAGGACAGUCUGGUCCACCCAGACAUAGCAGAUGUACAUGGAUACACUGCCCUUGCUGCUGCUGCUAUGAAUUACCAUAAUGACAUCAUCAACCUUCUUCUUGAUAGUGGGGCUGAUGUGAAUAAAUGCAGUGAUGAAGGAUUAUCAGCUCUAUCUAUGUGCGUUAUUCAUUAUUUCCCAGCAGAAUCAUUUCAGCCCAAUAUUGCUGAAAGGACCAUCACUCGAAGAGAGGCACCAGAGGAAAUCCCAGAGGAAAUAUCUGCAGGAUCUAUACCAUUUUCACAGUCAGAGGUAUCUCAACCAUCUCAGCCUUCUCAAGACAGUACAGACAUCAAAAUAUCUUCAACUGCCACCCAUGUAUCACCUGCAGCAUUGUCAUGCUCUCUUGAAAAGUCGGAAUAUGGCACGGAUUUUGAGGCUAGGUCAUCAGAGGAUACAGAGUGCAGUGCUGUAGAUAAAAGCUCUGAGACAAUAUGUGGUGUUUACAAUUACAAGAUCAAGGUUUCUGCAGAAACCAUACAGCGUGGUGCAGCUGCUCUUAGCCAACACAUGUUAAAAGUGCCAUACUUCUCUGACAGUGAAGAGCUUAUUCAGGAAGGCACUAUAAGAAGAAUGGCAGUAUCAAUAACAGAACACACAAAGAGAUUGACUACAAUCAAGGUGUUGCUAAGGAGAGGCGCAGAUCCCAAUAUGUGCCGUAUCCCUAUGUAUGUCCUCUUCUUUGCUGUUAAAGCUGCAGAUGCAAAUGCAGUGAAAAUACUUUUAGAAGCUGGAGCAAGGACUGACAUACGACUUCCAACCAGACUUGGAGGCAUAGCUCCUCUUCAUAUUGCUGCUGCCCUUCCUAGUGAAGAAGGGGUUGAAAUAACAGAAUUACUACUGCAUUCAGCUACAGACCCUGAUGUAAGAGCAGAAGAUGAGAAUGAUAUAUAUAGGCUUGAUAGGACUUCAGUCAAGGUAUUCUCUAUUAUUAGAAUGAAUAAUGAAUUGGGACCACCCAAAAGCUACUACAAAGAAUGUACUAUUAUUCCAGAGGAAGGUGGGAGGACUCCUCUUCAUAUUGCCUGUGAGAGGGAGGAUAAUUAUAAGAAUGCAAGCAAAGUUAUUCGUCUUCUUUUAGAUCACAGUGCAAAUCCAAAUGUCCUGUGGAGUGGCCAUUCCCCUCUUUCGCUGGCUAUAGCUAGUGGAAAUGAUCAGGCAGUGACUGAGCUUCUGGCUGGUGGAGCUGACCCAAAUCUCCCAUUAAGUCAAGCAAUUGGAAGUGCCCUCUGUGCUGUUGCUAACCCUGCAUAUGAACACAAGAGGACAUUAGUUAAUAAGAUUGCUUUGAUUACUACUCUAAUAGCAGGAGGUGCAGACAUGUUGAUGCCAAUUACUGUUGGGGAUGAGACUAGAACUGCAGUGGGAACAGUGAUGGACUAUGCACAUUUCAAAUUCUAUCAGGAUAAGAGAUUAUUACGUACUCCAUACCAUGCCUUAUCACCAACGGAGCGGGAGACCUUCAGCACCCGCAAAAGGUUGUUGGAUUUCCUUAGUGAACGUCUUCGAGAGAGCGUCAUGUGGAAAGAAAAACAGUUAUGGGAUAGAGAGGAAAUUCAAAAACUCAAACUUGGAGCAAGAAGGAUAGAUAAAUCUGGAGUAGCAACACCAGAAACAGAUGCAUCAAGACUGCUCUUCUUUAAAUAUUGCUACCAGUGUGGCCGAUCAGUUGGUGUGACCCUCUCGCCUUGCCCACGCUGUUAUGAGAUCUUCACUUGCAGCAAGUCUUGUAAAGUGAAGGCUUGGAAUGAACGUCAUAAGAGAGAGUGUUUACAAGUGCGGUUGCGUAAGCAGAGUCAGAAGGGCAAAGUGGCUCUAUCCAGAAAGCUAAAGGAGGUGAAAGAAGGCAAAGAGGCAGCGGAGAAGCAAACAAGCAGGCAUAAAAAAGAAGAGGAGAAGAAGAAGAAAAAGCCACUGAAAGAUGAGAAAGAGAAAAAACAAGGUCCAGAGAAGAGCAGCAGUCAUGCAGAUCUCCCUUACACUGGGAACUAUAGUUACAUUUAAAUGCUUGUUCUGGUACAGCUUGGCUGUAAUUUGAUGUAUAAAUGUUAUAUAAGGGACGAUGGGGUAAAAGGAUGUUAGAAGAUAUUAUAGAAGAAAUUCUGCAUUCUUGUCUCAAUGCUGAAACCCACUUACUGUUUUUGAAGUGUUGCUAGGUAGCUUUAUUCAUGGGCUUUGUAGUAAAAUGUCUGUAUAUUUCCAAAGUCAGUUCUUCAACACAAACAUAAAACCAAAGUUUUUCACAUUUAGGAAAUACAGAUAUAUAUAAACAGUUCAAAAGACUUGGAAUUCUCUGGUGGACCUCCUAGAGGUGCAACACAGUAGCAGCAAGAGGGAAAUAUCCGCUUGUUUUUCAACCACUGUCAUGUCCUUCCAGUUUCUCAGUGUCUGACAUAUUGAUACACGUAAAGGGCUUUAGUAUGUUCCUUGUUUCCAGCGGAGGGUUCUCAGUGGAAAGUAGUCUUCUCACAGCUUAUGCUUCAAGGGCCAACGACACUGAGUAUCUUUGGCAGUCCAGACAGUUUCUUUGUUCAGGCACUCAUAGGAAAUGGGUGGGGUGAACUCUUUCCCACCUGUAGAGUCAAUAGGAAUAUAAACAGAGCUGGUCCAGUAAGCUCUUAAGCACAGUCAAUUCCAAGUCCUUAAUCCUGUGAACAUUUACUGACUUCAGGAUAAAGCCCUUGGGAUCUGAGAGAACGAAAUGGAAGAAUCUGCCUCAGAUUCUGUUUACAUUAAUAAUAAAAUGUAGAACAGAUCCUGAUACCAAGCCAUUAUUUUCAAAUGUGGACUCUGCUUGAGAGAUACUUCAACGACUACAUUUGUGAUCUAUGCAGUUACAGAUCCUGUUGCAGUCAGUGAAAUUUUUUUGGGGGGGGUUCAGCAGGUUUUUGUGGUUUGUGAUUGCAACUGAACAUGAAAAGAAGUCAGACCUUCUGGGCUACAGUACUGUACAGAGUUGUCAUGCUUACGGUCAUUGAUUUUGCUGAUUUGUGGCCCCAAUAUUAAAUUGAUUGUCUUCAGCUGUGUUUGUGUCAGACAUAACAGAUUUUAAAUGUCGCACAAUAAAAAUGUUUCUCAAA